AGGGAGAGACAGAGAGGGACACAGACACAGACAGAGAAACAGAGACAGAGAGGGACACAGACACAGACAGAGAAACAGAGACAGAGACAGAGUGUGUGAAGCGGUGAGACACAGACAGACACGGAGAUAGUUAGUUACAGUGAGACACCCCACCCGGGUCUCACAUGCUCCGGCUCCAGGUCCUGUCCGGCCACCUGGCCCCGGGCUCCGGCCAGCAGCGGCCCCGGGGUCUGGGACUGGGUCUGGGACUGGCCGGCGGGCCAGAGCAGGAGGUGGUGCUGGUGCAUGGAGUGAGGACAGCGAUCGGCAAAGCCAAGAGAGGCAGCUUCAAGGACACGACACCAGACGAACUGCUCUCCGCUGUCAUGUUGGCUGUGCUUAGGGACAUCAAACUCGACCCUCAUCGCCUGGGGGACAUAUGUGUCGGAAACGUCUUACAGCCAGGUGCUGGAGCGCUGAUGGCGAGGGGAGCUCAGUUCAUGAGUGCUAUUCCUGAGUCUGUCCCUGUGUACUGUGUCAACCGACAGUGUUCCUCGGGGCUUCAGGCUUUUAUCAACAUUGCAGGUGGCAUCAGGAAUGGCUCCUACGACAUUGGCCUGGCCUGUGGAGUUGAGAGCAUGAGUCGAAGAACUGCAGGCGAUCCUGACAGCCUGGGGGACGUUAGCAGUCGAAUGAUGGACAAUAAGAAGGCCAGGGACUGCCUGAUUCCCAUGGGGAUAACGUCGGAGAAUGUGGCCGAGCGGUUUGGAAUCUCCAGGGAGAAGCAGGACGCCUUCGCUGUGGUCUCUCAGCAAAAAGCUGCCAAAGCCCAGAGAACGGGCGUGUUUGACGCUGAGAUCACACCGGUUAAAACGACCAUCCUCGACGAAGCCGGCAUUGAGAAAACCGUCACCGUGGCCCAGGAUGACGGGAUCCGAGCCGGCACGACCCUGGCCGCCCUCAGCAAGCUGCGGCCCGCGUUCAAGGAGAAUGGCACCACGACUGCAGGGAACUCGAGCCAAGUUAGUGAUGGCGCUGCUGCAGUUCUGGUGGCGAGACAUUCCAAGGCCAUCGAGCUUGGCCUUCCCAUCCUGGGCGUGUUGAGAUCUUACGCAGUUGUUGGAGUCCCACCUGACGUCAUGGGAAUCGGACCCGCCUACGCCAUCCCAGCAGCACUGGAGAAGGCCGGUCUUACAAUCAAUGACAUUGAUGUGUUUGAAAUAAAUGAAGCGUUCGCUAGUCAGGCUUUGUACUGUGUUGAGAAGCUGGGCAUCCCCAUGGAGAAGGUGAACCCUAAUGGUGGUGCCAUAGCACUGGGACACCCACUAGGCUGCACUGGAACGCGGCAGAUUGUUACCCUGCUGAAUGAGCUGAAACGCAGGGGAAGGAGAGCCUAUGGCGUUGUAUCCAUGUGCAUUGGGACAGGAAUGGGAGCUGCUGCCGUGUUUGAGUACCUGGCAAACUGAGAUCUUCAGCAUUAAAGAACGCAGAAGGAGGGACUGCCCGACAACCAAUAAUAAUGAGCACAAAACACAAGAACCUGUUAUCCUCGAUUUGAUUGUCCCUUCAUGUGCUGUUCCCUGUUUAUUCUCCUGUUUUGACCUCUGUAAAGACUGAUCACUUUGAAAGAGGGAUUCGAACUUCCAGCCAUUAGCUGACAGUAUGGCAAGUCAAGAUUUUAUGUUUUAAAAAUUAUUUGCUGUAUCAAAUGACUAAAAAGCACUCCUGACUAAAAA